AUGCGAAAUCGACCAAGUGAGAAGCUCGCUCUCGAGCAAAUGGUUGACGAUAAACUCCCUAUUUCAGAUUUGCAGCGAAUUCUACAACCAAUACAAGUAAACAGCAGCUCAGAAGAUGAAUUAAUAGACCGACUAGAAGAAGAAGGAGUCAUAGACGACCUUAUGCGCCGCGUAAGAGAUGCCCCAAUCGGUUUGCCUGAGCAUGUGCAAGAACCCUGCGGACUUUUGAAAUAUAUCGACAGUGAAUCGAACAAACUCGUCAACACAGACAUAAAGUAUUUGGAAGAGUGCUUGGAUCCAUGUCAAAUUUAUAUGCAUACAGAAGUUAUCAACGGAAAACUACACAUUGACACGAUUUCGGAUGACUUUCAAAGGUCCACAUUCCAAAUUCAUAUUCUUUUCAACAAACAGCGCUUUUCGACUAACCCUUUGGCAGUGACAAGAAAUCCGAAUUUCAACGAGACCUUCCUGUUCUACAUUGAUCACUCGCAGCACAGGCAGGUUCCAGACGUAGAAAAUGUUCUCAGUCUACAAGAAAGUGUCAUCGUUUUUCUCGUUGCAACAGAUAAAAGUGGGGACCAGCAAGUGAUGAGCAAAGAGUGUUUUGAAUGGAGAGCGAUUCUUGAGCAGCCACAAACGAUUAAAUUAGAAUUGAAGGGCCUUCUCAAUGAACGCGAUCUGUUGAUAGGGAAUCUUACUCUGAGAAUAUCACUUAUGCCCGCUCUGAAAUCUACAAUAUCUACCGAUGUUCUUAAAACCCAACUCUCGCUAGAAAAAAACAGAAAUACAGAAAAAGACAGACUGUUCAUGACAUUCGCCAAAAAAUGGUGGAAUGAAUUUCUACAAACUCGAUCAGAUAUCAAAGAGCGUCUCGUCAAAAUCUAUGCAUCCGAUGAAAAAAAUCGAUCAUUUCCUGUUUUCACCUACGUCUGGCCGAUAAAAAUAUCACGCGUUUUGGAUUGUCCGAGGUUGGCACAUCGCUUUGUAAGCUCGCUUGAUUGUGAAUUUGUUGCGGACAGUGGAAUCGCUGGAGAUAAUGAUAUUUGGCACUCUGCUGCGGCGCUGAUAAGCGGAAAACAAGGAAAUCACGCUAGUCACAAUGCUUUGCUUUGUUCCUUCUUGACUGGCUUCGGUUUAAAUGCGUUCGUUGCUCUUGGAGUGAAGCAAGGAAAGCCUUGGUCCUGGGUUGUGACGAUCGACGAUUCAAUCUCAUUCUGGGACGGAACGACUGGUCAACGAUUCGUCCAUGUUUUAGCUGAUCCCGAUACUCAUGAAGUGACCGGACUCGAACACCCUUAUAGAACGGUUGACUGCCUGUUCAACCACGACAGUUUCUUUGCCAAUGUACAGGUUGAUAACAGAGUUCCACUGGUGGAUUUUAAUCUGACAAACCCGCGCAAAUGGAAAGGAAUGAAUUCGUCAGCUAUAGCUGCAUUACAUUACUCCCGACCAUUCGAUCACUCGCCAAGAGGAAUAAAGAUACGGGGCUGCGAAGGUGACCCUAUUGUCCAAGCUGCUGCUAUUGAAGCGACACUAUCUACUCUUAUUGAAGACUAUAGACAUCAGCAUGAUCUUGGAACAAAAUGGGAUCAAGAACUCGGCAUGAUGCUAUCAAGUGCGAUUAAUCGUUACGAGAUGUCUGAACUCUACGGAAUCUCGGCCGAUGCGCCUGAAUUUAAUGACGCAUUAAGACGCGCUGUUCCAAAUGGGCAUACAUUCAAAGCAUUACCAAUUCGUUUACAUUCCAUUAAUCCACAGAAGAUCUUCAAUACUAUGCUCAAACGUCCUAUGUGGGAGCCACUGCUCCGUACGCGAGGAAAUGAAGCUCGCCUUGGUAUAAGAGCGAAAAUAUUUCAUUAUGCAGAAGAAAGCAUGGCCGUUUGGAUUAUUGUAGCAGCACGUUAUGCAGCGUGUCCAUAA